UCGGUGUGUGGGGGUGUGUGUGUGUGUGUGUGUAUCUGUGCGUGUGUGUGUGCGCACGGCUGUAUAUGUGUGUGUCCUUGUGUGUGCGCUAACCAGAAGGGACUUAAAGCAGCGAUUUAUUUCAACUUUGUUUGAAAAAAGGAGAGCAUUACGAUGUGUGGGAUUUUCGCCUACCUGAACUACAGAGUUCCCCGGACGAGGAAGGAGAUCUUCGAGACGCUGGUGAAGGGACUGCAGAGGCUGGAGUACAGAGGUUAUGACUCUGCAGGUAUUGCUGUGGAUGGCACUGGGAAACAUGACAGAGGAUCCAUCUGCCUGUUUAAGAAGAAGGGAAAAGUGAAAGCGCUGGACGAGGAGCUGUACAAAAAUGAUUCGAUUGAUUUGGAUAUGGAAAUGGACACGCACUUUGGCAUCGCUCACACUCGCUGGGCGACCCACGGAGAACCCAGUCCUGUCAACAGCCACCCUCAUCGCUCCGACAAGAACAACGAGUUUGUAGUGAUCCAUAACGGCAUCAUCACCAACUACAAAGAACUGAAGAAGUAUCUGAUGUCCAAAGGCUACGAGUUUGAGUCAGAGACAGACACUGAAGUUAUCCCCAAGCUGAUCAAAUAUCUUUAUGACAACCGUGAGAGCGAUCAUGUGUCCUUCUCCACCCUGGUGGAGCGUGUCAUCCAGCAGCUGGAGGGUGCGUUCGCUCUCGUCUUCAAGAGUAUUCACUUCCCAGGAGAGGCCGUCGUCACCAGGAGAGGAAGUCCUCUGCUCAUCGGGAUCCGGAGCCAGUACAAGCUUUCCACUGAGCAGAUUCCCAUUCAGUACAACGGAGAAUCAAGAAAUGUUCAGAAUAAAAACUUAAUCAACAAGGGGGACAACAGCAAUGCCCUGCACUCUGUGAAUGACCAGAUGGCUGUGGAGUUUUACUUCGCCUCUGAUGCCAGUGCCAUCAUUGAACACACCAAUAAGGUGAUCUACCUGGAGGAUGAUGACAUAGCGGCAGUGGCGGAGGGGAAGCUGUCUGUGCACCGCAUGAACCGCAGCGCUGGGGAAGACCCUGUCCGAGUCAUCCAGACCCUGCAGAUGGAGCUACAGCAGAUUAUGAAAGGCAACUUCAAAGCCUUCAUGCAGAAGGAAAUCUUCGAGCAGCCCGAGUCUAUCUUCAACACCAUGAGAGGCCGGAUCUGCUUCGACACAAGCACAGUGGUGCUCGGUGGUUUAAAGGAUCAUCUGAAGGAGAUCAAGAGAUGCCGCCGCCUCAUUAUCAUCGGCUGUGGCACCAGCUUUCACGCAGGAGUCGCAACACGCCAGAUCCUGGAGGAACUAACAGAGCUGCCCGUCAUGGUGGAGCUGGCCAGCGACUUCCUGGACCGUACCACUCCGGUCUACAGGGAUGACGUUUGCUUUUUUAUCAGUCAAUCAGGUGAGACAGCUGACACUCUGAUGGCUCUGCGCUACUGUAAGCAGAAUGGCGCUCUCACCGUAGGCGUCACCAACACAGUAGGCAGCUCCAUUUCCAGAGAGACCGACUGCGGAGUCCACAUCAACGCCGGCCCUGAGAUCGGUGUAGCCAGCACCAAGGCCUACACUAGUCAGUUUGUGUCUCUGGUCAUGUUCGGGCUGAUGAUGAGUCAGGACAGGCUCUCUCUGCAGAAGAGGAGGCAGGAGAUCAUCGACGGUCUUCGGAGACUGCCAGAGAUGAUCAAAGAGGUUUUGGCUCUUGAUGAUCAGAUCAAGUGCAUCGCUGAUGAGCUGUACCAGCAGAAGUCUCUGUUAGUUAUGGGUCGUGGCUACAACUACGCCACCUGCCUUGAGGGGGCGCUGAAAAUUAAGGAGAUUACGUACAUGCACUCCGAAGGCAUUCUGGCUGGGGAGCUGAAGCAUGGACCCUUGGCUCUCAUCGACUACCACAUGCCUGUUAUCAUGGUGAUCAUGAGAGAUUCCUGCUAUGGCAAGUGUCACAAUGCCCUGCAGCAGGUCAUAGCCAGACAGGGUCGUCCCAUCAUCCUGUGCUGCAAGGAUGACGCAGAGAGUUGUAAGCUGGGGUAUAAGACCAUCGAGCUGCCCCACACAGUCGACUGCCUGCAGGGGAUCCUGUGUGUCAUCCCCAUGCAGCUCAUGUCCUUCCACCUGGCUGUACUCCGAGGAUAUGAUGUGGACUGCCCAAGGAACCUGGCCAAAUCUGUGACAGUGGAGUAAACCAUGAUAAGGAAAAAAAAACGAAAAAAAAAAACGCAUGUCCUAGUAGCAUUGAAACGGAGGACCAUCUCCCAUCCUAGUGCAAUUCCAAGUGUGUGUGUUUACGUGUGAGAUUACAUGCGUGUGUGUGCGUGUGUGUUUGAGAACUUGUGCAUAUUUAUGAACUACGACCAAAACCCACUGAACCAAUGUGAAGGUGGUCCGGUUACGUGCGUUCGAUCACCUUUCUUUCCAUCAGUGCCUAAAAUGAAGGGAACCCUAAACUGUGCCUUAAAACCUCUGUGCUCUGGAGAAACGUACUGCACGCUCCAGAGACCCACAGCCAGGUGGAAUGUUUACUUCUUUCGUACCAGUGUGCAAUACUUAUAAGCUAACGGGACCCGAAAAAGACUCUCGCAGGGGAGUCGAGUCGGUAAAGGAGAGCAGAAUGAGAUGAGAUGUGAUGAGUUUUUUUGCUUAGCUUGAAGUGAAAGUUUAACCGUUGACGACAGCACAGAAAAAACACUGUAUAGCCACCCAGCCCAUAAAUCAUCUCAUUUUACAUCUUUACUAGUAUUUGUUCAAGUCAAUACAUUUUUUUAUUUCUUUUUUUUUUUUUAAAAAAUAACAUGAUCUUACUUACAUACUGGAUAAUAUUGGGUCAUUGCAUACACUUUUCACUGAGGAAUUCUAAAUACACUCCAUUGUAUAAUUAAGUGUACAUUAAAUUUUUUUUUUUUUUUACCUUGAAAUAUUUACAUGAUUUAAGUGAUUUCAUCUAUUUAUGUUGUGUAGAAAUAGAUAACUUAUUUUAUACUUUCUGGGCCUGAGCUUGACCAUCAGCUUUCGUUGUCCCUGGUUGGUCUUAUGUCAUUCUUUCUAUAUUCUUUCUACUUCUAUUCCUUUUUAUAUUCAUAAAUGCAAAUCAGUUUUUUUUUUUAUUAUACUUUUUUUUUUUAAAUGUGGGUUUAAGGAUGAAUUUUCUUUGCAUAGAAAGAUCAAUCAUUUGGAAACAUUUAUUAUUUUUCUAUUUGUGAUUACUUGUUAUAAGACAAAUGAAUAAAUCAUAUAUGACCAGA